AAAUUAAAAAACUUAAACUCGAAUUUGAAGAUACUUAUAAAGAAAUCGAAGACAAACAUAAACAAGAAAUUAAAAAACUUAAACUUGAAUUUGAAGAUACUUAUAAAAAAAUCGAAGAUAAAUCUAUCAAAAUUAUUGAUAAAUUGAAAGAAGAAAUGAAAGAAAAAAAUGAAACUAUUAUUAAUUUAGCUGAACAUUUGAUAUACUAUUCUAAUUUUUUUGAGAAGAGUUUUAAAAUUGCUCAGAAUUAA